UUGUUAUUCAUGUAAUUGUUUGUAUCCUUAAUUUCUUGUCCUUAUCUCCCGACGACCGUGUAAACGGCAAACACAGCUCGCCGGAAGUAAGAGAACGGAAAUUGCGUGGCCACAAACCGGGGUAACGCUAUUAUCCAGGACCCUCAUCCUUUCUACCUGCCAUAUCGUUACCACCUGGAUACACCUGCCAAAUUACAAAGCGUCUAACACGGAACUUGAGAGUUUGUGAAAAGGUCGAAAGAAUACAAUAAUUAAUAAAAAUCGGAUCCGAACUGAUGGUGGACCCGGCGUACAAGUCGAAUAUUGUAGGAUAAUAACAGAAGAAAUUAACUUCAAAAUGAGGUUGCGUAUUAGAAGGGAGAAAAAGUAAUUGACCGACACUAACACAGAAACGUCUGCUAAAUACCAGAAUCAAAAAACACCUCAAUUGUUGCAACAAUGUCUGAAUUGAAGGAUUUGAACACAGAAAUAAGUAAAGAACUCAGUCCUUCAACUGGUACGUCCAGUGACCCCAUCGCUAAAGUCCAAAUUCAAGAGAAAGACAAAAGCUGUGAGGAAGAGGAGGAAGAGGAGGAGGUAGAGGAAGAACAGUCAGUGUUCUGCUCCGCUCCGUCGGAGCCGAGCACGUUACCAUGGCCCGGGGACAAACUGGGGAGGAUGCUGGGAGCAGAGGACAGCGGAACAAUGUCUGCAAUAGACAGAGUAUCCGAGGAGGAGACUGCUUGGAGCCAGAGCAGCAGGCAGGCAGAGGGGAACCUGAAGAGACGAUCCAAAUGGAGGGAGAGCAUGCCGGAGGGAGAGCGCUGGAGGGCGUACGAAUCUGAGGGGCAGCACGGGGAUAAAGGCUCGGGGUCGCUGGCGGACGGCGAGGAAGAGGAGGAGGACGACGGGUCGGUCAACUGGAUGCCGGAGAAGGCGGCUUUGGUCUUCACUCCCCGGGUCAACAUCUUGAACAACCAGGGGGAGGGAGAGGGCGCUCCUGCGGAGAACACGUACCGGGAUGACCCCAUGAAUGAGAAGGAGCCACGAGCUACGAGCACUGUGGACGUCCACCAGUACUCUGAGUGGCCUGAGGAGGAGGAGGAGGAGACUAUCUACUGCGGCAGUUGUUGCAGUGAGAAACUCCAACUUUGCUUGGCGAUGGUGGCCGCCCUGGUCCUCUUCCCCUUGCUGGUUUGGGGGGGCUAUGCCCUUCUACCCUUUGAUGCUCCGGUACUCAAGAGCACCCCCCUCAGGCUGGUGUACACUCUACGCUGCGCCUUCUUUGCGACGGUGCCCAUCAUACUCGGCGUGGUGGUGCAGGGCGCAGCCCGGCUGCGGUUCGGGGAACUGAAGCCGCUCUACGAGGGCACGCUAGAGAGCAGGGAGGUUGCGGCCCACGGCCACUACGUCAACGACUCGCUGUCCCUCUACCUCUUCUACUUCCUGCAGCUGGCGGUCAUGGCCACCUACCUCAACCAGGACCAUCUCAAACUGGUGCCGCUGCUCACCAUCAUCUUCGCCAUCGGGAGGCUCAUCUACUGGGCGUGCCUCUCUCUGGGCAGCAGCGUCAGGGCCCUGGGGUUCGGCUUCUCCUUCUUCCCCAUCCUGGUCAUGCUGGGCGUCAAUCUGUACUACAUCUUCUCCUCGGUGGGCCAGGGGGCCGUGUUCGACGUGGAGCCUCCCGCCACGGAGGCUGCGCCCAUGCAGAGAUGGUGGGGCUGAGGGGCUCGUAGGGACCCGUUUCAAAAGAGAUCGUCGGAGGCUUAUACCCUAUUAGAAAAAUGAACCACACAUUGCAUUAAAAAGUCAGUUCCUUGACUAUUUCUCCUUGUCAUGCUUUGAAUUCUGAUCGGACACCUGAUAAAAACAAACAAUAUUUACAAGGUGAAUUUGACAAAAGGCAAGGCAGAAAACUGUCCUUCAGUGUACAAAACUUUUUUAUAAUCAAACUGCAAAGACGUGUAGCAUGGCUGCAGAAGCCUUGACCAGCAUCAGCAUCACCGCGCCCCAACUCCUGAUUGUAUACACACCGAGCCUUAAGGAAUGAAUACAUAUUUGCACUUUUCUAUUACUAUGGAUAACAAUAGGGCUCUCAAAUUGUUCUUGACUUCAGAGCAUUUUCUUAUUUCUUCAGUUAUGCAUGAUCCAGUAUGAAAGAUAUGUGUACCAGGAAACUCGACUGUUUGCAUUGGCUCACGCUGUUAUUUUUUAGCUUAUGGUUGCUUUUGAUUAAGAUAAUUUACUUGGGUGAAUGCAAUGGGAUUUUCUUUUGGAGGGAAUAAAUAAAACAAAUGCAAUACUGAUUGAUUAAAAAAAAGAAUAACAAAUUUAUACUCAUUUAUAUUUCGACAGCCAAAUUGCCAUACUUUUUGGAUGUGGGAAAUGUACAAUGCAAUAAUAAAAAGAAGAUUUUUAGUCUACACUC